AUGAAGUCUUUUGGUUUACGUUGUCUGUUUAUUCUUCUUACGUUACCGUACCUCCUUCAAGCCGAUCUCUCGCCUGAUUACUACAGCAAAACAUGCCCUGAGUUCGACCAAACCCUUGUCCAAGUCGUCACCGACAAACAGAUCGCUGCUCCAACCACAGCGGCAGGAACACUCCGUCUCUUUUUCCAUGACUGCAUGGUAGACGGCUGCGACGCCUCGAUCCUCGUCGCUUCUACUCCCCGUAAAACCUCAGAACGCGACGCCGACAUCAACCGCUCCCUCCCUGGAGACGCAUUCGACCUCAUAACUCGCAUCAAAACCGCCCUCGAGCUCAAAUGCCCCAACGUCGUUUCAUGUUCCGACAUCCUCGUGGGAGCAACGCGUAGCCUCGUUAAAAUGGUCGGAGGUCCAAGAAUCAACGUCAAAUACGGUCGUAAAGACAGUCUAAUCUCAGACAUGGACCGUGUCGAGGGAAAGCUAGCUCGCCCCAACAUGACGAUGGAUCACAUCAUCUCCAUAUUCGAGUCGGCUGGUUUGAACGUUCAAGAGAUGGUGGCUCUCGUCGGAUCGCACACGAUAGGUUUCUCUCACUGUAAAGAGUUCGCGAGCCGCAUCUUCAACAGCAACAGCGCCGAUCACAGCGCUGACUUUUGUCCCGAAGGGAUGAACGCGAAAUACGCCGCGGAGCUGAGGAAACUCUGCGCGAACUACACCAAGGACGCUGAGAUGUCUGCGUUUAAUGACGUUUUUACCCCCGGGAAGUUUGAUAACAUGUAUUACAAGAACUUGCAGCAUGGUUACGGGUUGCUUGAGUCGGACCAAGCAAUUGCGCUUGAUAACAGGACGCGUCCGUUCGUUGAUCGUUACGCGGCGAACGAAACGGCGUUCUUCGACGCGUUUGCUACGGCGAUGGAGAAGUUUAGCGAGCAGAGGGUGAAGACGGAGGUGGAUGGAGACGUUAGAAGACGGUGCGACCAGUACAAUGACUACAAGGGGUAA